AUCAAUAUGGUAAUAAAAUGGAAAACAAACAGACCGCUCAACAAGAUACCUAUGAAUCCACAAUCAGCGAAUGGCAUACAACCGUCAGCAAGCAAUCUCAGCUCAGAUCCGGAGCGAGGAGCUGAGAAGCAAAGCAACGAUGACGACAAAGACAGCCGAGACAAAUGACUGCGACAACGAGCCAGCACCAGCCGUCAGGGUCGGAGCCGGAGCAUCGGCGGCCAGAGCCAAACCCAGGGCCUGGGUUCGAUGGAACCCAGGGCCUGGGUUCGAUGGAACCCAGGCGUUGGUGCUGGGUUCCUUCGAACCCAAGGAGAUAUUUACCCAAAAGGAUGCAUUGAGUUGUAGUACGCUUUAGCACAAAAGCUCAGAACAAUCAAUGCAUAAAAUGUAAUAAGUGAAUUAGUUUUAUUUAAUUUGUCCAUGACAAUCAAAAACAAUGGUGAAUUAAGCACAAAAUUCAUAAACAUAUCAAAAUAUU